AUGUUUCCCAAAGCUAUUGUGAGUGUGGAUAUUAAACUGGUCGAAAUGAAGCAUGAUGUUAAACCAGAUAAAGUGAAUGACGAUGUUAAACCAGAUGAAAUGAAUGAUGAUGUUAAAUCGGGUGCUCGGUCGGUUGUUGUCGAGGUAGAUGUUCGUACACAAUUUACAAAUAAAGAAGAGUUUAUUGUUCACAAACGUAUGCUACAAUGGGUCCGUAGGGAGGUUGGGAAAUCGGGGUUUUAUGUUAUAAUCGAAAGUUCCGACAAUGGUUCAGAGAGAAGACAAUCAGUUAUAACAAAGAGAUGCGAAAGAAGUGACACGUACCAACCACACAUUAGGAAGUUCAAACGAGAUGACAUUGAAUCCAGGAAAUGUGGGUGUCCGUUUAAAUUGCGAGAAUACCGUAUGGUGGAUGAGACAUGGAAAUUUAAUGUGAUUUUCGAUAUACAUAAUCAUGCCUUGACUGACAAGCUAGUUGGUCAUCCCAUUAUAUAUCACAUUGUUCCGGAGGAGAUGGAACUUUUUUCAGACAUGACAUGA